AUGGUCACGUUGGGUGCUGUCCCUGGCGAUUCUCGCAGUGCUCAUCUUCUUUCUGUACUGGGACACCAAGGAUAAACCAGAGAGGCUCAUCUCCCUGAUUGGGCUUAUACUAAUUUUGUUGUUGGGUUUCGUGUUCUCGUCACAUCCCGGCCGUGUGCGCUGGCGCACCGUGCUGAUGGGGUUGUUGAUCCAGUUCCUCUUUGGCGUUAUUUUUAUCCGAUGGGAUCCUGGGAGGUUAGCACUACAGUGCUUUUCAGAUAAGGUGGCGACAUUCCUAUCGUAUGGCACCGACGGCGCAGAGUUUGCCUUUGGCACGUUACUUGUGAGGACAGAGCAAGUAUUUGCUUUCAGUUCACUUCCAGUAAUCUUCUUCUUCAGCAUGCUGGUAGAAGUUCUGUUCUUCUGGGGCGCCCUUCAGUGGUUCUGCCUAACAUUAGGACGUCUAUUGAGAAGCGCUACUUCCACCACAGUGUGUGAGAGUGUCAUCUGCAUUGGCAAUGUAUUUUUAGGGAUGUCGGAAUCUAUCUUGAUGAUCAGACCGUACAUCGCGCUGCUUACUCCAUCAGAAAUACACGUUGUCAUGGCCUCGGGUUUUGCUACUGUCUCGGGUACAAUCCUCGCUUCGUACAUCGCGUUCGGCGCAGAACCAGCUCACCUGGUUACAGCCAGCGUCAUGUCCGCCCCAGCUGCAAUUUGCAUGUCCAAAUUGCUAAUGCCUGAGACCAAGCGGUCGCUCACCACAGUUGAGAACAUAAAACCUGUAGAAUGUGAGGACCAAUCAGUGCUGUCAGCGGCGACACGAGGCGCGACCAACGGCAUUGCCCUCCUCCUGAACAUAGUUGCCAACAUAGUAGCGUUCGUGUCCUUCAUCGCGUUCGUCAACGGGGUGUUGGGGUACUGCGGGGGUCUGCUUGGGUUCGCUGACCUCACUCUUGAAUGGAUUUUCGGGAAGAUUUUUAUACCACUGGCUUGGGUUAUGGGUAUGAUGAUUAUUUUUAAUUUUUACAUCACCACCAACCAAUUUAUACAUUAUUCAAUCAAUCAAUAUAUUUAUUCGUCAUCAUCACACAGCUAUGAUGCACCUCUUGAGGCGUACGACAAUUUAUGUCCAAUCUAAUUGAUUUCGGUCAAC